AUGCGCACAAGCACAGUUCAGAUUUCAGAAGACAAAUUAAAGAAACACAGCGCGCGCGCGCUGCCGAAAUCCCAAAAAAUGCAUACGGUGGCGUUAAAGACGGCGAUAUCCUUGGCCUCGCUGGCGCUGACGGAGCUGCACCGGAUGAGCGACAACAAGAAGAAGAAGGCGGCGGCCGAGGCCGAGGCCGACACGCUGGAGGAGGACGUGGCGUUCAUCAAGAGGGAGUUCGAGAUGAUGGAGUCGUUCCUGGCGGAGGCAGCCGAGAAGCGCAGCGGCUCCGGCUCCAGGAGUGCCAGCACCUGGUUCCGGAGCCUCCGGGGCCUCUCCCAGAGCGUCGAGGACUGCCUCCAGGAGCUCCGCCUCCUCCUCGAGACGCCGUCCCGCGCCGGCUCCAAGUCGCUGCUGCUGCCGCGAGACGCCAUCGCCAAGCAGAUGAGAAGCCUGCGGAACCAGAUCGAGCAUGUCAACCAGAGCUGUGGGAUAUACUACAACGCGGUUAAAUCUCAUCCGGACACUACUGCCACCGCCUCCAUGUCAAGCUCAAGACCAGCAGUACCUGCUUCAGGGAAUGCUCCACUUAUCGGACGAGAAAAGGAUAAAUCUCAACUGAUCCAACUUAUUUCUCAGAACUCCAAGCAGCAGCGUCAGAUUAUCUCCAUAUGGGGGAUGAUCGGUAUUGGCAAGACCUCCUUCGCUAGGAGCGUCUAUGAAAGCGAAAAGAUCUGCAGCAUGUUUGAGCAGCGUGCCUGGGUCACUAUCUCGCAUCCUUUCAGCCCCCAUGAAUUUGCUACGAGCUUAGCCGUGGAAUUAGGUGCACAAGAUGAUUCUAGUGUUCAUGGAAAUGUGUUGCAAAAGAGGAGUUGCUUCCUUGUCCUUGAUGGUGUAUUAUCUACUGAAGAAUGGGACUUGAUCCAGCCACAUUUGCCUGUGGAAGCAAACACAAAAAUCAUAGUCACCACAGCACAAGAAAAUGUUGCUAAGCAUUGCUCGAUGACAGGCAAAGACAUACAUAAGCUGGAAGGUCUUGCAGAAGAUGCGGCACUUGCACUCUUCAAGAACAAGGUAUUUAUGGACAAUUUAAACAUUGAUUUGGAUCUUGACAUGACAACUCAAGCAAAACUCAUCAUAAAGGAGUGUGACGGGCAUCCCCUUGCAAUAACCAACAUUACCGAUUUACUGGUAACAAAGCCAAAAACAGCAACAGAAUGGAAGAAGAUAAGUGAUAGCUUCAGUGUUGGGUCAGGGAACAAAGCUCUUGAGAUGAUAAGAGCAGCCCUUGCACCAUCCGGUGAUGAUUUGCCAUACCAUUUAAAGUUAUGCCUUGUGUACUUGUCCGUUUUCCCUAAAGGCUAUAAUAUUAGGCGCAAACGCCUCAUAAGACGUUGGGUUGCAGAAGGUUACACGAGUAAGACUCGUCAUUUGAGUGCAGAAGAAGUCAGUGAGAAUUGCUUCGAAGAGCUUAUCAACAGAAGCGUCAUUCAGCCAUCAAAAACACUAGCAACUUACAAUGUUGGUACUGUGAAAUAUUACCAAGUCCAUAGUCUCAUCCAUCAUAUCAGUUUCUCAAUAUCAGUAGAAGAAAACCAUGGGUUCGUUGUUGGUGGGAGCUCUCAUGACCAAGAUACAAUACGACAUCUCUCUGUAACUGACACAUGCGAUGCUGGGAAGAACACACUUGAGAACAAGGACCUUUCCCAUGUAAGAUCAAUGACUGUGUUUGGGGAGUGGAGAUCAUCAUCUUUAGAUUUCAGUAAGAUGAGGCUACUCUGGGUGCUCGAUUUGGAGGGCACAACCGGUUUGAGAGAUCACGACCUGAAACAAAUUGGCAAUCUUCUUCACCUGAGAUACCUUUCAUUGCGAGGAUGCACUGAUAUCUAUCAUCUACCUGAUUCAGUAGGCAACCUAUGGGACCUCCUGAUGUUGGAUGUUAGUGGCACAAGUAUCAUCAAGCUACCAAAGACCAUCACCAAGCUGAAGAAGCUGCAGUACCUCCGUGCUGGCAAUGCACCAAAUGAUAAUGUCACCUCUUCUUCAGAACUGAAAGAAUCAAAAGAUCUCUCAAAAAAGUUGCAAGAAUCAAUUGCCAUUGGAUUGGACAUGGUAGAAGCUUAUCGCUCAAGGAAAAAUCAUACCAACCAUGUAAAGAAGCAUGACAUAUACCAUAAAGGCAAAGUGUUGCUAACUAGUAUCAUGUUGGGUGAAGAUCUAGAAGGUGUUGAAGCUCCUGAUGGAAUUGGGAAGCUUAGUGUCCUACACACAAUAGGUGUUGUUAAUGUUACAUCCAACAAAGCCAUCCUUGGAGAACUUGAAAAACUUACCCAACUGCGUAAGUUAGGAUUGACUGGUAUCAACAAGAAAAACAGCCAAAGUGUUCUUUCAGUCAUUAACAACCUUGCCCUCUUACACUCAUUAUCAUUGCAAAUAGAGGGUGAGCAAGGUUUACUUGACAACCUGGAUCAAAAGUUCUCACCCCCAGCUAAACUGCAGAGCCUCAAAAUUUGUGGAAAUCUAGUUACACUGCCAAUAUGGAUUGCCCAAAUCCAACAUCUAUCUAAACUCAAGCUACUAGGCACCCAGCUGGAGCUAGCUCGCUCCAUGGAUGUCCUUGAGAAGCUACCACAUUUAGCCAUUUUGCAACUAUGGAAGAAUUCUUUUCAGGGGGAAAAACUCAAUUUCUUUUUCCAAUAUAGGACUUUCCAAAGUCUUCAAGUGCUAGAGCUUGCUGAUCUAGAUGGCCUCAAAUCAGUAAGCUUUAUGCAAGGAGCGGUGCCUAGGCUUGAGUUGCUGCAGGUCAAGAGUUGUAUGCAUAUUGAAAACAAUGGAUUGUCUGGUCUGUCAUUUCCCCCAAAUCUCAGAGAAGUCAUGAUCAAUGGUGACUACAAUGACAAAUUCAUGGAAAAUGUGCUUUCCCAGCUUUCUCUCCGCCAAAACCAACCAAUUGUGAAGAGGGCAUGA